CCCGCGCCGCGAUGCUUCUCCUCGGCGGCAAAACAUAUUCUUCCAUUGCGCUUGCGCCCUCCCCGUGCUCUCCACCUUGCCAUUCGCUGCGCCUGACCCCGCUCCCCCGUUUCCGACUUCGACCUCACCGCCGGUCAGUCUCAACCCGCAUGGACCCCGCCGACCAGUCGCUGGAGAAGGUGUACUCCGUGUGGGCUCUCCCGCCGGCGCCUGUCCGCGACCGCCUCCCCCACAUUAUGGAGGGCCUGCGCGCCGCGCACGACGGCCCCGCCUUCGAGCCGCACGCAAUGGUCGUCGGAGACUUACGUAGCCGCCGAUCGACAUCCAUCGAGGUGCUCCACACCGCCGCCGCCGCCGCCGUCCAGCCCUACACCGCCCGUGUCACGGGGGUCUCCCGCGGCAGCUUCUUCUACCAGUGCGUCUACCUUCUCCUCGAGCCCACCCCCGAGGUGGUGGCAGCGAGCGAUCACUGUUGUGGCCACUUCGGUUAUAAGAGGAAGACUCCAUACAUGUCGCACGUCAGCCUCUUAUACGGAGACCUGACAGAUGAGGAGGAGGCAAGGAAGAAGGUAGAGGAGCUGGACAAGGAUAUCUAUGGAUUGGAGUUCGAGAUCUCUGAGCUUGCACUCUAUAGAACAGACUAGAAACAACACGCGGCGUUGCCGCGCUGAAGCCAUUGUCUACCUUUGGUUUUGCCGCUUAUUUGUACAUAUUCUGUGGUUUUGAAUUUGUAAAAAAACAAAUGUACUGAUCUGUGAGCACCAUAAUUGCAUUGAACCACCAAAAUUCUAAAUGUUACAUGGUUUUAUAAA